AUGGAUAAUUUAUUGAAAAAAAAUAGAGCCUUACAUAGUUUAUCAAAGCUACAAUAUAAGGAGGAUAUUAAUAUUGUUAGUGAAUUAAAGAUGGGAAAUGUUUUUGAUGACGUAAAUCAAGGCUUAUCUAUUGAUGAUCUUCCAGAUGGAUUAGAGGAGUUCAACAGAGAAUACAUGAAUAAGAAUGAACGCUAUAACAUACCUGAAAAAUAUUUUGAAUCAGAAUUUUUUGAUUUGUUUAUUACAUGCAGGAAUUUUGUAUCUCAUUUCAUAGGAAUAAAAAAAAUAAGAAUGUACUCUAGAAAUGAAGAAAUACUAGAAUCCACAUGGUCUCAUGAUGGAAUAAAUCCAAUCACUCGGCUAAUAUUUUAUGAUAUUUAUGACUUGACUUAUCAAUGGCAAGUCUUUAAAUAUUGUUAUUCUCUAUUUAUUUUAUAUGAUCUCUUAUUGUUAUUCAUAAAUUUUCAUAGGGACAAUAACAUGAGUGAGGCUACAAGAGAAAGAAACGAUGAUACAAAUGGCCCAUGGAAAAAGCCUGACCUACAUGGUUACAUAUUUGGAAAAUUUUUAAAUUGGGAAAUAUGUUAUGGUGAAAUCAGUAAUGGUCUGAGAAAAAGAAACACAAGCUGUACUGAUCAUAUAAAAAAUGAUCACAAUAAAUUACUAAAGUUUGCUAAAGAUGGUUGGGAUAAGAUGAUAAAUUCAUUCAAGAAUAAACCCACUGAUAUUAAUUUUUUCUACUCUUUAGGAACCAUCGUUGAAAUUUUCAUUGUGGAUAGGAAAUAUUAUCCCUUACAUAGAGCUCGUAGACUAUGUUGUAUAUAUAUACCAUUGGAUGAUAACAAUGAAUCAUUUACAGAGACAAUUAUUUCACUAAUCUGCAUCAUAUAUUCAGUAAAUCAAAGAUUGAAAAAAUCACUAAAUAUCAUAAAUGAGAUAGAACAAACAUCAUUUCAGGAAUUACACAACGUUGAAAAGAAUGAUUUAGUUACAAUUCUUACUUAUGAUAGUGAUUGA